GGUCACUCCUACCCGUGUGUGUAGCCAGUGGUCACUCACCUGGUCACUCGUACCCGUGUGUGUGUGUAGCCAGUGGUCACUCACCUGGUCACUCGUACCCGUGUGUGUGUGUAGCCAGUGGUCGACCCGGGCCGGUACAGGCCACACCAGACUCGUGGGUUCCGGCACUCCUCAGAAGGGUUCCAAUUCCUACGCCGCGAUGUAUGCCGCGGAGGGGUAACGGCAGCAGACGCGAGUUUGCAGGACGAUUAUAGGUUUCAUAGAAGCAUUUCUACACUUCCAUUUCAAACGCUGCGUGUGUAUCACAGAACCGCAACACCGUUGGUGGCAGUGCGUCAACAGGGCUGUUUUGCACCGGUGAAGGUGCACACGUCAGCGAUAUCCGGCCCAAUGCCGAAUUAUUGUCCGUGCAAGUGAUGUUCAUCGAGGGAGUGAAGCGAUAUGUGAGGAAAGUUGCAGUGAGAUUGGCGAGCCGUGGUGAGGGUAGAGACUCAGACGAGAGAUGAAACGGGAGAUGCAUCAGAUGAGACGUGAGGGGGCAGCAGUGGAUGAUUGCGCGGCGCGGAUAAUCUUGCGACUGAGGCUCGAUUGUCGGCCAACAUCAAUCGCGAGCUAAAUCUGAACCGCUUUUUCCCAACCCCUUCCACUGACCACCAUGGUGAAGUAUGGUCAAAACUAUCUCUAUGACCGAAUCCUUUUUUAUCAAUGUCCAGUACUGUACUGACAACAGCUGUAUGCCCCAAACGGUAUAAGGGAUAACUUGACAGAUUAGUCAAUAAUAUUGGCCUCCAAAAUGAAAAAUAUAUAACACGCGAAGUUGGGACAAUGGCUCUUCUUGACAGCAACAUAAACAAGGGACAUCGCCUAUAACGGCGCUUGUUACAUUUGUUUCUCUUUAAGGCUACAACGUUACUAACGGACGUGUUGAGUUGUUUUUAUUGUUGUUAUUUGUGCCUGGGCACCACUGGCAAUGCAGCAGUAGUAUCACCAAAGACUGCUGCUGCGGGGUUAUUAUUAUAUAUGGGAGACGUGGACGCGGGAGGCCGUGGUGACGCAGCCGCGUGUAGAGCCGGGGAGUGGGAAGACACCGCGCGAGUGUGGCGCGAAUCUUCACCCUCGCGGACCGCUACCCCCGCAGACCCGGGGCCUCCUAGGGAGCCCUCUGGCUCGGAAUCCCCACUGGAUUCUACUGGGAACCCACGCCCGCACGGAGCAAUGGGAAACUACGGGGAGCUGAUUGGGGAGGUGGUCGCCCUGCUGGAUAAGAUCACAGCAGGGGAAGAGAACCUCAUGCAGAUCACAGACGACAUAAUCCAGUCGCGCCAGGGCUGGAGUGAAGAGAAUUUGGUAUUCCUCCUGGGGGUGCUGGGAGGCUGCGUGGAACAGAGGCGACUGCUCGCGGUCGUGGUCAACGCCUUCUACGCUCGCCACGGCAAGCACGUUCUGCUCAAGCAGCGAAACGUCUUUACAGUCAUCGCCUACCUGGCUGUGUUUCGUCUGGAAGAGCUGGGGAUGACCAGUUUCACCAAGAUAAUCAACUCCCAAGACAUACCCAGCAUGCAUAAGUUUUUGACUUUCCUGUUUGACGAAGUCAACUUGAGCACCUGGAUGAAGGAUGAGUGGAGUCAGCUCUAUGACAUCACCUUCGUACAAAAUAACCUGCUGGCGCCACUACUCAAAAGCAGAGAGGAAGUGCUUUGGCUGACGGAGCAGUUGAGAAGCCAACUGGACGGCACAAGUCCCCCGCGGCCGAAGCCUAAGACCACGGAGCCGCAGGAGUUCUCGCUGACCAAGCCCAAGCCACGAACUCUGCCGCUGCCGGACCGCGUCCCCUCCCUCGGCAAACCCAACCCCGUGCCCAAGAGCACGUACCAUCUCCCGAAAGAAAUGGCAAAGCUUCAGGACGUCAGGCAGAGGAAUCGGCGAAGAGCUGAGAGAAAUCUGAUGGAAGCGAGCAAGAUUCUGUUCCAGUGCGCAAACGCCGAGAAGGCGGAUCAAACCAAGCGCGUCAUGGCGGAGCUCGCUGCAGAGAUGUCGAGGACGAGUGCAGAGAGGCCCCGGGCCAGGAGCAUGCCAAAGACCGCGAAGAACAACGUUCCUAUUAAGCUCAACACAACGGCCAUACUGCGGGAGGGAGCUUUCUACCAGGCCCGAGAGACACAGGAGCUCAAAAGGCUAGAGGAGCUGGUUAGGGGUGCUCGGGACGGGAGCGAAUUCGCUGAUUGGCAGGAGCGCAUGCGGCAGCGCGACGCGUCGGAGGCAGCGCUGGAGGAGGAGCGGCGUCGGCUGGAGGGGAAGCUGAGUCUGGAGGAGGCCGUGCUGGCACGGCAUGCCCUCGCCAGCCAGAACCAGCACAAAGCCGCCACCGUCAAGCAGCAGACAGCUGAGAUGAUGCAGCAGUACGCAGACCGGCGGCUUCAAGAAGAGAAGGAGAUGAAGAAACUGAUUAAGCAAAUCAUGGAGGGUCAUGAGAAUUCCAAAGCAGCUAAACUGAAACUUCAAGAAUACAAACAGAAAAUAGUGCAGGAGGUGAUGGAGGAGAGCCAAGAGCUGCUGAGGCAGGCACUGGAGCGUGCCCAGGAGGACAUGUGCCGUCGGCAAGAGCUCAUACAACAGAUCCGCGCCCUGGAGGCCAUGCCCGCCUUGCGCCAUUCGCACAUGGACCCCACACAGACGGCUGGGCAUGCGCUGCUGAGCGAGAUGUCGCUGGUGGAGCUGAGAGAGCGGCUGGCGCUACUUAAGGAGGCCCAGCUCAAGGCCAAGGAGGAACGGCGUGACGACAUCCUCAGGGAGAAACAGGCCAAGGAGCAGCUACUGCUGCAGCACCUGGACAAGAUCUCCCUGCACCGCGCAUCCAACAGCAAGGCAGCCGCUCUCCGCCUGGAGGAGAAGCGAGCCAGGCAGCAGGCGCCCGCGGCCUCCCCUCCGGACGCCCUGGGCGACCCCAAGCUGAGUGACCUCCUUCAGCGUCUGGAGGACCGUCGCGCAGAGAGGAAGAGGGUGACGCAGAGUGGCCGGGAAGGGCCAGGAGUGCCCGCCGCGGUGCCGGCAAGCAAGAAGUCGCAGGAGCACUGGCAGGAGCUGGAGAGGAGCAGGGAGCGUCAGGCCCAGCUCCUGACGCAGGGGGCGGCCGACAAACAGGUCGACCACAAGCACGGCGUGUACCAGGCAGCCCGGGUGGGCGCAAACGCUGCCUGCAUCACCCGCACUCAAGAGAAGAUCAGCACCGUGUGAGUGGCCACCAGUGUGUGGUGCGCGUUGCUAAAACACAAAUGGCGUUCUCAAGGGAAAACAAAUCUAUGAGUGUCCUCAAUCGGGAAAGCCUUGGUGAGUCUCAAGACAUUCUGGUGGGCCCUGCAUUAGCAUGUUUCGCCAGUUCCUUCAUGUUUUUCACGUGGAAAGAAAUUGGGUUAUCUGCAGAAGGUCCACGUAGCCAAGAGGAUAACGCAGCAGAAAACUACACAGGUCAGAAAAUUAUUUGCUGUACCGUCAUCUACUUUCCACCUCAUAGGCAUGCAGGUUGCAUGUGCGAUCCACCAAUGAAUUGCAGGUGUGUCGCUGCUCGAGAAUAGCUGCUCAAAGUGUUUGUGACAGUGGCUAUGAAACAAAACUGUCUUCAAGACAGGUGUCAAUAAGUUGCCAUAAGUAGCAUGGAAUCCAAUUGUCAUGCAGGAUUUCAGUGUGUUCUUUUGCCUCAUUUCAGCUUCUGUUGUCUAAUAAAACAAAGCUGGUAUCCCAAAUACCUAUGCAAUAAUCAUAACAGCGACCACCGGACAUGCUUAUGAAUGUGUUCACAUAUUGCAACAGAUCUACUUGUGUAACUCUAGUAUAUUACGUUUCCUAAAUCUCUAUAUGCGGUUUACAUGGUUGUCAUUACUGUGAAUGUGAUUAUUACCGUGUUGUUCAAUAAAAAAACAUCUGUUAA